CAAUGUGAGUGUGGGGGGGAAAACAAACAAGGCGCGUGAACUCCUCACAGCAGCGGCGGCCGCGCCGGGAGGAGCCUCGCGCUGAGCCGGAGGAGCGGGAGCGCGAGUGGAGCCGCGUGGAGGGAAUCUCGCCGCGGAGGUUUGAUGGGAAGUGACCGAGCAGGAAACCCAUGGAAGUUCGCGCUCAGCCGCUCGCGCGCCGCACUUCUCCUUUCCCCGGUGUAGCUCCUGCUCCUGAGACUAUGUAGUAAAGUCAACACUGUGAGCUCCCUUCUCACCCUCAUGGAUGAAGGUCCAGACCCACAGCGCCCCCUGCUCCGUCCGGCCCUGUCCUCGCCCCACCCCCUGCCUCUCAGGCUCUGAGGGCAGCCUGCCUGGAGCCAGGGGCUGGCCUGGAGGGGCCAUGGCCCACCUGCACUACAAAUACAGCCUGCUCAGCUCAGCGGCUGAGGAGUACCACAAGAGGCCACUGCCACUGCAGCUGGACUAUGCCCCAUUGGGUGUGUUUGCUGUUCUGGAGGUUCAGAGGGAACUGCAGCGCCCCUGGACGCCGAUGUCCUGCCUCCGCCGACCCAAAGUCUACAGCUUCAUCUUCGGCCUCACCAUCAUCUUCUUCAUCAUGGCCUCUUAUGUGCUGAGCAGCGAGAGGAAAGGGCUGUUGCUCACUCCGUCUCCGUACCACGCUGACUCCUCCCUGAACCUCGGCACCCUCCCCUUCAACUUCUCCUCCAAUAAGGACCACGGUCACAUCACGCAGGUGCUGCACCAGAUCCUGUCCAAAGUGGAGUUCAGUCCCAGGAAGCUCCCAGACCUGAGGAUGCUGGUCCACAGUGAACCCCACAUGUUCUCUGUGAUUCCGCGCCACUUCCUGCCAGAUGUGAAGAACCCCUGUUGGUAUGAGCAGCUGUCGGGGAAUGUCAGUGCUGACCCAUAUCGGAGGAACCUGUACUCUCUCUACUCCAGACAGUCCAGAGCUACAUUUCAGUACCUGCGGAGCUCCUUCAGGAAACACCUGCUCUUCCGGGAUGGGAAGUUUUUCCGGAUUCGCUGCCUGCCCUACUUCUACAUCAUCGGCCAGCCCAAGUGUGGCACCACGGACCUUUAUGACCGACUCCGGCUGCACCCGGACGUCCGAGUCACUGCUUUGAAGGAGCCACACUGGUGGACACGCAAGAGAUUUGGUAUAAUCCGCCCUAGCGACGGCCUCCAUGCUCGUUAUCCAGUGGAGGACUACCUGGACCUUUUUGAUCUUCCAGCGCAUCAGAUACAGGACCGUCUGCUGGCCAACAGCUCUGGAAGCUCAAAUCAGGCCAACAUCAUCAUCGGUGAGGCCAGUGCGUCCACUAUGUGGGACAACAACGCUUGGGCCUAUUUCUGUGACAAUGCCACUGAGGGGGAGCCUCCAUUCCUGAUCCAGGACUUCAUCCAUGCCCUCCAGCCUGAGGCUCGCUUCAUCGCCAUCCUGAGAGACCCUGUCGAAAGGUUGUACUCGGACUAUCUGUACUUCGGGAUGGCCAACAAGUCCUCGGAGGAUUUCCAUGAGAAGGUGUGGGAGUCGGUGCAGCUGUUCGACGCGUGUCUGCAGGACUUCAGCAUGAGGGCCUGUGUGUACAACAGCAGCCUCAACAACGCCAUGUCUGUGCGGCUGCAUGUUGGUCUGUAUGUUGUUUAUGUUCUGGACUGGUUGUCGGUGUUCGGUCGGGAUCAGCUCCUGGUUCUGAGGUUGGAGGAUCACGCUGCUGACCGCACGCUGUCCAUGCACAGAGUCUUCCAGUUCUUGAGUUUGAGAUCUCUAUCGGAGCAGAAGGAGGCCGAGAUCACUAAGCGUCCAGCGUCUAACACACGGAGGCUAUCGGAUAAAAACCUGGGUCCGAUGCUGCCACUAACGAGAGAAAUCCUCUCCGAUUUCUACGGCCCUUUUAACAGGAAGCUGGCCGCCGUGCUGCAGGACGACUCCUUCCUCUGGGACACUCACUCCAAACCAGCAAGCAGAAACGGAUAACAGGGAACAAGAACCAAAACAAUCGAUAUCUUCCACAGAACGUAAUCAAAAACAGGAACAGAAUCACUCCAGCGUCCCAAACUUUACUCUGAGUAAGAUGAACAGAUCAUAAUGUUAUUACUGUGCUUCUAAAGUACUGAAUGCACCAGUGGCCGUAUUGCUGUGGUGUUAUUGCCAAUUUGCUAACCGUGCAAUCACGAAUAUUGUUUCAAAGUAUUAAUCUCAGCCAAACUAAACGGGCUGUAACACCCGAGGAGUGAGUUAUCGCCAGAAACAUUGAGGGCAGUCGUGGGCUGGAGAUCACGGAACCAGCCCUGAGACUGGAAGGUUGCCGGUUCGAUCCCCUCGGCAUGACUGAAGUGCCCUUGAGCAAGACACCUAACCCCCAACUGCUCCCUGGGC